AAGUGACAUCUACUGUAGAAACGAGAAGAAGAAGUCACCAUCAAGCGUCAAUGCUCGUUUGUCAGGACAUAAGGCCAAGUUACCAGCAUGGGUGUAGAUUAUAUUGAAUAUGAUGACUACACUCCAGACAAUGAAACUGAGAACAACACCACCAACACUGGACUGCUGCCUUUCAGUAGUUAUCAUUCUUCUUUGAAUCAUGUUCUGGUGGCAGUGAACAUCCUUAUAUCAGUUAUUGGCCUUGGAGGAAAUUCACUAGUGAUAUGGAUUUGUGGAUGGAAAAUGAAAAGAACGGUCAUCACCACCUGGUACAUCAGCCUGGCCAUUUCAGACUUUUUGUUUUGUGCCUUUUUGCCCCUCGAAGUUUUCUACAUGAUCACCUCACACUGGCCUUUCGGACUGGUGUUGUGCAAGUUUACUUCCUCUGCCCUGUUUCUCAAUAUGUACAGCUGUGUGUUCCUAUUGGUCCUGAUCAGCGCUGAUCGCUGUAUAAUGGUAUCAUUUCCUGUGUGGUCACAUAAUCACCGGACAGUGCAGAAAGCACUGGGAGUUCUUGUCCUAAUGUGGGUCCUUUCUGCACUGCUGACGUUGCCUUCACUGAUCUAUCGACAAACCACAGUGCACGGCUCGGUGACUCAGUGCCACACCAGCUACAUGGGCCACUCCAGACACAAGGCAGUGGUGCUGACUCGAUUCAUCUGCGGGUUCCUCAUUCCUUUCCUUAUAAUUGUGUUCUGCAGCUCAGUGCUAUGUGUGAAGCUGAGAAGUUUGACCAAGAAGUCCACAAAGCCUUACAAAGUCAUGGCAGCACUCAUCUUGUCAUUUUUCUUCUGCUGGGUCCCCUAUCAUAGCUUUGUUCUUUCAGAGUCAGACUUGAUGAACCACAGCCUGGAAGUUCUUCAAACUGGCCUGAAGGUGGGGGCCACGCUGGCUGCAGCAAACAGCUUCAUAUCCCCUGCACUCUAUGUGUUCAUUGGCAAUGACUUUAAAAAAACCCUGAAGAGGUCUUUAAAAUCGAGAAUAGAGGAGGCGAUGGUGGAGGAUUUCCGUACAGGUGGUCUCAAUCACUCAAGGUCUAAGUCAAUGGAAAUUAUCUAAAAUCAAGUUGAAAACGUUCUAAUCAAUGACAUCAAAGAACAUGAUUAUAGCUUGGUGAAAAUGGACUAAAUCAUCCGUUAUUGCAUGUUUUAUCUCAGUAUACUGUUGCCUAUAUACAUUUAUGUCAAAUCAAUGACUGGAUGUGUCAGAACUUUCUCCAAUUAAACAAAGAUAAAACUGA